AUGAGGGAUUUUGAAGGUUCUGCAGUCAGCACUAGUUGUUCCGGCAGUGGGAAUGAAGCCACAGCCAAAAAGUAUGUGCAGAGCUGCUGCCUGGUUUUGCUGAUCCUCGGUGCCACCCAUUAUGGACCAGUAAGCGGGCGAUGCGUGGAGGAGAAAUUUUGCACAAGGACCCUGGAGGAGUACCAGUAUCAGCUCAGCAACAUUGCCAACAAACUCAACGAGAGGAGCAUAGCACCCUGGACCUACGUGGAGAAGACCGAUUUAAACAGGGUGCCUCAAGUUAUCCAUGAAGCCAAGUGUCUUACCAGCCACUCCUGCUGGCACGUGGCGAGCUCCAUCAGCUUGGAGACUAUCCCUCUCUCCAUCCGGGUUCCUGUUCUCAGGAAAAGCCGCGGCUGCCCCACCUACUCAGUGGAAUACGAGAGCGUCGUGGUAGCAUGCAUAUGCGCAACUCCCAGGCUGGCUUGA